AUUUUCUUUUAGCCAUAAUAUGGAAAAGAUUCUACUUUUUCAGGUAUAAAGUUAAAAAGAAGUAGAGGACUGAAAUUAGCAUUCGUUUCAUUGAUAAGUUCCACAGAAUGAGAAACACAGGGUUAUACAAAAACCAAAAGAAGAAGAGAGAAAAGAGAAAGAGGAGAGAGGAAAGAUGAGUACUCCAUUGACUUGUUCAUCCUCAUUUGUACUUCCAAUUCCAAAGCUUUCUCUCUCUAAAUUUCCACCUUUCUAUUUCUACCGUUUCCCUUCCCGUCAUCCCAUUCAACUCAGAGCAUCUGCUGUUACCCUUGAUUUACCGAAAACUACUUCAGCUAUAUCUGCUGAACAAAAGGAAAUCUUGUCUUGUCCAAUAUGUUAUGAACCAUUGAUAAGGAGGGGUCCCUCAGGCCUGAAUCUGGAAGCAAUCUACAGGUCUGGCUUUAAAUGUCGAACGUGCAACAAGUCAUACUCAAGUAAGAACAUAUACUUGGAUCUUACAGUGACUGCAAGCUCAGAGGAAUAUGCAGAAAAGAACCCCACUAGCACAGAACUAUUCCGGAGUCCAGUUGUAUCUUUUCUGUAUGAACGGGGAUGGCGCCAAAAUUUUAAUCGAAGUGGUUUUCCAGGUCCAGAGGAAGAGUUUAAAAUGGCUCAAGAGUACUUCAAGCCAGCUGAAGGUGGCCUACUAGUUGAUAUUAGCUGUGGGAGUGGGCUGUUUUCUCGAAAAUUCGCCAAGUGUGGUAGCUAUUCAGGGGUGAUUGCACUGGACUUCUCUGAAAAUAUGCUUCGUCAAUGUUAUGAUUUCACUAAGAGGGAGGACCCCACUUUAUCUAACAAUCUCGCUCUUGUGAGGGCAGAUGUGGUUAGGCUACCAUUUCCAUCUGCCUCAAUUGAUGCCAUUCAUGCUGGUGCUGCAUUGCAUUGCUGGCCAUCUCCUUCAAAUGCAAUUGCUGAAAUCACCCGUGUAUUGCGAAGUGGAGGUGUUUUCGUGGGAACUACUUUUCUCAGAUAUACGUCUUCAACACCACCACUACUAAGGCCUUUAAGAGAGCGGAUUGUGCAGACCUACAGUUACCUAAUAGAGUCGGAGAUAGAGGACUUGUGUAAAUCUUGCGGCCUUGUCAACUACUCAUGCAAGAUUCAACAAUCUUUUAUCAUCUUCUCUGCACAGAAGCCCUGAAUUUCUUUGUCAACAAUCUUUUCCUUUUUGUACUUAUUUUUAUUUAGAUUAUUAUUGAUCCAUGUCUUAAUAUUCAAAUAGGACUCAAGUUUUGAAAUAAGACUUUAAACCAUCAUUGUAUAUCUUUCAAUAAAUUAAUUUUCUAACCUUAAUUAAUGGUUGGUAUUGGCAGA